CCUUCAAAGCUGCAACAUAUUACAUCCAAAGCGUUCGAAAUUUUCUUUAAUAGCAUCCUCCAUGGAUGAAAAAAGAAUAAAUGAAGCUUGGAGAGACGCAUUGUUGCUUGCAUUAAACCAUGCAUGUAGCCAGAAUCCCGCACUUACAAAGGACGCAGAGGAUAAGCUCAAAUCAUGGGAAAGAGAACCAGGGUACUAUAGUUUGCUGAUGAUAAUUUUCAGAAAUAAGACACUUGAUGUAAACAUACGGUGGAUGGCAAUGGUAUUGAUGAAAAAUGGAGUAGAGCGUUAUUGGAGGAAAUCAGCCCCUCAUGCUAUUGCUGAAGAGGAAAAACCCUUUAUAAAACAGACUCUAAUCAUGUCGCUUGAUGAACCAGUCAAUCAGGUGAUUACCCAGGUAGCAGUGUUGAUCUCAAAAAUUGCCAGAAUGGGAUUGGGUGAUUGGCCAGAGCUAUUGCCAUGCUUACUGAAGGAAGUGAAAAGCCAAGAUCCACUGCAUCAACAGCGCAGUUUACUGGUUUUAAAUCAUGUAAUUAAAAUGUUGGCAUCCAAGAGGUUAAUCCCUGAUCGACAGCUAUUUAGAAAGAUUACUUUUGAUAUUUUUGGCUAUAUUUUACACCUGUGGCAGAGCAACACAGAAUCUCUUUUGGAAUCAUUCCAAAUGAAGGAGCACACAAGAACUCUGGGUCCACUUGAACUCAGUGCCCUGGCACUGAAAGUUUUGAGAAAGUUACUUGUCCAUGGACUGAAGGAGUUUGACCCUACAUCACAAGCAGUGUGUCUCCUUAAGGCAGUGCUUGGAAAAAUCAAAGUGAUAUUGGAUUAUAGAAAAUCAGAAAAAAUGAGUUGCAGCAUACAAGAAAAAGUUGACAAAUAUGUAAUUUUGUUGACCAAAGUGUUGGCAGACAGUCAAGAAAACCAUCCAUUAUCAUUUUUACCCCUUAUGCAACCCACGUUAGAACUCUGCUACAACUACCUGUUUACAAGUGAAGGGCAAGCCUGUUUAUUUGAAACAUUUGCACUACAGUGUUGUAAGCUUAUAAAAAUGAUUGUCAAGUGUGAGAUGUACCAACCCCCUAGAGAAAUAAAAGACACAACUCCUCAAGGGAUCCUCAAGGCACACCAGAUUAAAACUGCCUUCUUUACACCACCAAUCCUAUCUGAAACUAUCCAGCAACUCAUUUUACGUUAUCUUCUUCUAACUGAUGAGGAUUUGCAAAGUUGGGAGCAGGACCCUGAAAAUUUUGUUGCUCAAGAAGCUGGUGAAUCAUGGCGUUAUAAUCUAAGGGUAUGUUGCUUUUUGAAAGGGUCUCCACCAUCUGAUGAGAUAAGUGUCUUACUAAAGAAAGAUGCAGUAUAUAAGGCUUGUGGACUUGCAUCAUAUGACCUUUUUGAUGAAAUUGACUUUGAUAAUUGGUUUCUCAAUCAACUACUCCAGGAAUUAAACAACCACUCAUCCAGGUAUAAGAUUCUGCGGCGUCGUGUCAUUUGGAUGGCAGGCCAGUGGAUAAAUGUGAGAUGUGCACGUCAAACCAGGACUGCAUUGUAUCCAGUACUCCUCAAUUUAAUGAAUGUUCAAGAAGAUUUGGUGGUUCGUCUCACUGCAGCAAGUACACUCAAGACUGAUAUCCUUUGUAACCAUAUUACCCCUCUUUCUGUAGAGAUGGCCAUCACUUUGAGCUUGAAAGAUUUAACUCUUAAUUCCCAGCAUAUACUUGGGAGGCCACCAGGUGUUGCAGUUCAGGUUGGAAAGUCUAUUGAUGAUGUAGAAUUUGAUCUUGGAGAUUUUGUUCAGGUACAGCUGAAUAAGAUGUACUAUCUAAUUGAUGCAAAGUGGAAACGACACUUGUCCAUUGAUAGGCGGAAUUGCCAUGGUCACGGUCAAGUUUCAGCAUAUCAAGUCUGUUUCUGUCAGCAGGAAGCAGGAAGGGGCCUCGCAAGUUUCACUCAGAAGAGCGUCGCACCCCGUCUGAUGUCCUUGCCACGGUGCGGUCAUGGAUCUCAGUUUUUGGAUGGAAGCUUUGAAGCACUUUUUAACCUCCUCAAGUGUACCCACGAUUGUGAUACAAAGAUGCAGGUGCUGCAUGUCUUAUCAUUACUUAUUCAACGGAUUGGAAGCAAGGUCCAACCAUUUGCUAUCCCACUUUCAAUCUACCUUCCUGAGUUGUGGCAGGCAUCUGGUGACCAUAGCAUGCUUCAAUGUGCAAUUGUCUCCACAGUGACUCACCUUGUAGAGGGCCUUGGUAUAUUGAGUGAAAAUAUGUACUCUUUCCUUCUGCCCUUGAUUCAGCUCAGCACAGAUGUUUCCCAGCCAUCACACAUUUACUUGAUGGAAGAUGGACUGGACCUGUGGCACAAUGUUUUGAUGAAUGCAUCAUGUAUGGCUCCUGAAUUGUUGCAGCUAUUCACUAAUAUGCCACCAUUAUUGGAAUUAGGCUCUGAAAACCUCAGAACAUGCUUUGCCAUCGUGGAAUCCUAUGUGUUGUUAGAUCAGAGAGCAUUUCUUCAGAAUUGUGGUGCACCUGUUGUAGAUGCUUGCUUAAGAAUGCUUGGAAAUAUAAAACCAGAGGGCAGCAUUAUCCUUUCUAGGGUUGUUGAAACUAUCAUCAAAGUCUCUCCUCUCACUGGUCCUGAGGUUUUCGCACCAGUGCUGCUGAAAACAUUGAACAUGAUUCUUGAGGUCGAGGAACACACGCCUCUUCUGGUUAUCUACUUGUGCAUAAUUGGAGAAAUCAGUUUGCAUAAUUACCCAGCGUUUGUUCAUCUGGUCGAAAAUGUUGCUCAGCAGCUCGGCACACAGGCUGGGAACGUGUUAAGUCAGCUUCUCGAUAUAUGGUUGGAUAAAAUGGAUGGCAUGACACGGCUUGAACGAAGAAAACUCACAGUGCUGUCACUGAUGACGUUGCUUCCUUUAAAUGUGCACAAUUGUGUCAUGGAAAGGUUUGCAAUCAUUGUGGAUGCUGCUGUUGAUGUCCUACACGAGAUUCACAGAGUAGAAGAUGGCGGCACUCACACUGAUUGUUUGGUUGUGCUUGUUGGAAAUGGCGAGGAUAGUGAAGAACACACAGAGGAAGAAAAAAGGAAACGACGGCUGAGGUUAUCAGACCCAGUGCACUCCUGUCCUUUGUGGAAAUUCGUUCGAGACAAGCUUCAAGAGUGUCGCUCGGUUUAUGGACAUGAAACCUUCCAGUACGUAAUGGGCUCCAUGGACUCCGCUGUGGUCACUCAGCUUGGCGCUUUUAUAAACCACUAAAGCGCUAUAUGUCACCAACAGAAGGGAAUUUAAGGGAAACUUAAACCGUCGUCAAACCUCAAGAACACGAAGAUAUUUCAACAUACCGUUGCAUUUGAUUCAUGGGGCGUGUGCUAUGUAUUAGUUGUCCUCAAUUAGAAGUGGUGCCGCCGGGAAGCUAGUUUUUCUGCAUAGGUUGAUCGAAAAAGUGUAAUGGAAGAUUAAAUAAAUAAAAGUCUUUUUAUAGGA